AUGUCGUCCACCGACGGGGAGAGGUCAGUCGAAGAUAGAUUAACAGAUGGCCAAUCAUGGAACGUACCAGAUCGGCAAAAGCUAUGGGAGCUUCCUCCCUCUCCUAGGUCCAGCAUAACUCAUGUGCUGGGAUCCUCUCAUCCAGAUCGAAGGUCAAGCAGCGGAUCAGACAACAAGGCUCACGAUGGUCCGAAUUUUCGGGAAAGAGAACGUCGUGGAGAUAGGGACGUUGAGCAACAGAAACCAGUGGCUGAGCCUCCGGUGGAUCUCAUGAGAGACGCAGGCGCCUACCCUGAAGGUGGAAUAGAGGCGUGGACUGUUGUUUUCGGUGGAUUUUGUAUUGGAGUGUUCCAGGACUAUUAUCAAAACAACCAGUUGAAGAACUACUCACCUAGCACCAUAGCCUGGAUACCGUCGCUUGAAACAUGCAUGAUGUUCGUGGUGGCCCCAAUUUGCGGCAAAGUUUUUGACAACUACGGUCCUCGACACUUACUGUUGAUAGGGACCUUUCUCCACGUUUUUGGCCUGAUGAUGACCUCCAUAUCAACUUCAUACUACCAAAUCCUUCUGGCCCAGGGUAUCUGCAGCCCACUUGGUGCAGGUACUAUCUUCUACCCGUGCAUCAAUAGCGCCACAACAUGGUUUUCCAGAAGAAGAGCAUUCGCGCUUGGGGUCGUGGCCAGUGGAUCAAGUGUUGGGGGUGUGAUAUAUCCCAUCCUAGUUUCAAAGCUUGUUCCUCGUGUGGGAUUUGGCUGGACGAUGCGAAUCUGCGCAUUUGUCAUCUUGGCUUUAUGCAUCGUCGUAAAUCUGACCGUGAAAUCGAGGAUUCCACCCCACCCCAAACCAUUCAAAUUAAAGGAUUUUACCUCUCCUUUUUUGGAGUUGCCAUUCGUCCUGGUCACUGCUGGCGCAUGGCUGUUUUUCUUUGGCAUGUACCUACCAUUCACCUUUAUCGUCUCGUUUGCCCGUUAUCAUGGCAUGUCCUCGCACCUAGCGGGUUACCUUGUCUCGAUCCUGAAUGCCACUAGUACUCUCGGCCGGACUCUGCCGGGCUAUGCAGCUGACCGUUUCGGCCGCUUCAAUGUGAUGGUGAUAACCAGCUUCAUGAAUGUCAUCGUCGUCCUAGCCCUCUGGAUCCCUGCCCGCGGCAACAUCCCCAUAAUCCUCUUUACCGCAAUAUACGGCUUUACCUCUGGGGCUUUCGUAUCCCUUGGUCCCGCCAUAGUAGCGCAAAUCUCAGACGUGCAUCAGGUGGGUGUACGCACCGGUGCUAUGUUUGCUGUCACAUCCAUAGCAAGUCUUACGGGUAACCCUAUCGCUGGUGCACUGGUGGGGAACAUUAAUCACCCGACAUUCUGGAGGAUGCAGGUGUUUGCAGGUGUUGUUAUGGCGGCGGGAAGCACAAGCUAUCUUCUUGCGAGAGUCAGGGUGGUGGGGUGGGGGUUGAUGAAGAAGUUUUAG